AUGUUUUUGGGGUGCCCCAGAGCCCGUCAGGAGCUGCAGGAGCUGCAGGAGCUGCAGGAGCUGCAGGAGCUGCGCGCUCGGGGCCGGCGGCUGCAGCAGGAGCUGGAGGCGGCCACUGAGGCCCAGCGGGGGCUGCGGGAGCUGAGCGAGGCCCAGGCCCGGGAGCUGCAGGAGAAGCAGAACCAGAGAGAGAACCUGGAGAGGGAACUGCAGGUGUGCUCAGGUGAGCGGGAUCAGCUCCGUCAGCGCCUGCUCGAGGCCGAGGCCGCCCAGGAGCGGCUGAGGGAGGAGCAGGAGCAGCAGCGGGGGCAGCUCGAGGUCAGCUGGGAUUGGGGAGGGAGCUGGGGCAGCUUGCGGGCGGCGCUGGGGGAGGAGCAGCGGCUGCGGGAGCUGCACGAGGCCGAGGGACGCGCCCUGAGACAGGAGCUGAAGGACGUGCGGGACGGGCAGCGCAUCCUGGAGAAGAAAGGCAGCGCCGCCCUGAAGGAUUUGAGGAGGCAGCUGCAGCUGGAGCGGCGCCGGGGGGAGCGGCUGCAGGAGCGGCUGCAGGAGCUGCUGGUGCCCAGCAGGGCCCGCUCGGGACUGGAGGAGCUGGGCUUGGACGGAGGCUCCUCCCCAGGGCGGGGCCCGGGCGGGGACAGCAGCUCCGUGUCCUCAUUGGGCCGCGAUGGCUCCGCCCCCGGAAGCACCAAGUCGGGCUCGGGCAGCCCCGGGGGCGGCAGCGCCGGGGGGGUCCCGGCCGGGGGCGGCCUCUCCCCCGCAGAGGUGGCGGAGCUGUUCCAGAGGCUGGCCCAGAGCCAGCAGGAGCGGUGGCUGCUGGAGGAGAAGGUGAGGCACCUGGAGGUGUCGAGCGCGUCCAUGGCCGAGGAUCUGUGCAGGAAGAGCGCCAUCAUCCAGAGCUUCGUCAGGGACAGCCGCACCGAGGCCGCGGGUCCCGCGGGGCCGGCGCGGCGCGGGGCGGGGCCGGGCCCAGGUGAGGAGGGGCUGCGGGAGAUGAACAAGAAGCUGCAGAACCUCCUGGAGGAGCAGCUGACCAAGAACCUGCACCUGGCACAGGACCUGGAGUCGCUGUCCCAGGAGCUGGCGCAGCUCAGGAAGGAACAGGCGACCCCCCAGGGACCCCCCUGAGGGGCGGGGCCUCUUUUGGUGGGCGGGACCUCGCCCCCUACCCCCCCCGCAGGCUCCGCCCCCCGGCUGGGGCGCUGCUGCGGGCGAGGCGUUGCCCCUUUAAGGACGCGGUGGGCCCUACCGGCAUUGCCCCUUUAAGGCCGGACGGUUCUUUACAUGGCCUUGCCCCUUUAAGGGUGGGCGGGGCUCCCUGGAGGGCGUUGCCCCUUUAAGAGCGAGGGCAGUUCUGCUGCGGCGUUGCCCCUUUAAGGAGGACGUGGUCCCCACUCUGGCGUUGCCCGUUUAAGGCGGUCCCGCAUGCGCCCCCGUCUCCCCCCAAUAAACCCGAUGUGAAUCGC